AUGUCGCGAACAGAAACCACAAACACAACCGCCCUCUCCGUCCUCGCCGACUACGAACUUCACCACAGCGGCAACAGCCAAAACACCACAUCUCCAUCUCCAUCUCCAUCUCCGCCUCAGCAACAACAACCAGCAAACUGGCCCACUAACCAUCGUCGUGUUCCGCCGUAUCGUCCUGUGGAUCGCAGCCUCAGCUUCGAGGAACGCGCGGCGGGGUCUAACGUGCCGGAAUUCAUCUUCAUUCAGUCGAUGUUACAUGGGUGCUGGUUGAAUGCGUCUGUUGCUCGGUUAUGGAGAUUUACUGGAGGGAGGAUUAAUGAUCGGAUAUUCCACUAUGAGAUUGGAGGAGAAUACUAG